AUGAGUGAUGGGGAGGCCGAUGCUGCCACUGGGGGGCGCCCAGCUGGGAAAGGCUCUUACUCUAGAACUCCGGCGCAGCAAGAAGGGAGUGAAAGUAAAAAUGAAUUUGAGCUUCCGACACAGAAUGAGUUUGUACAGAAGCUGAAAGCCAUCAUUAAACCAAUUUUAAGGGGACAUGCCAAGUGGACACCAGUGUACAUCCCUCCGCCCAAGCACCCUGUCAAUCUCAAGCAGUAUCGCAUACCCGGAGGCCACAAAGAAAUUACUGAAACAAUUCAAGCUUUGCUAGAGGUUGGAGUAUUUCGGCCAGCAAUAGCUGGGCAAAAGUGGCUAAAUGGAAAAGAGUUAUGGGGCGGGCCUCAAGUAUGGGAUUUCUUAUGGUGUCAAGGAAAAAAGAGAUGUAUACAAGUAGGCCAUGUUAAUGCUCACACUGGAAAUCUGAACAAUGAAAUAGUAGAUGGUCUGGCACAAGUCUCUACUGCACAACAAGAGGAAACUACCUUGGAAGUGUUGGGCAAAUGGGCCCACAGUCAAACUGGGCACAAAGGAGUUCAAGGUACCUGGCAGUGGGCACAGCAGAGGGGAAUACCUCUAACACAAAUCCAAGUGAAGGACAUAAUUGCUAAAUGUCCUGUAUGUCAGGAAGCCAAGAAGUGGCCACCUUUGACCCCAUUGCCUGGAAAAAUUCAUCGAGGACAAAAGCCAGGACAAGUCUGGCAAGUGGAUUAUAUUGGACCCUUGCCUGGAGGAAGGGGUGGUUUAAAAUAUUGUGCGACUGCUGUGGACACAUACAGUGGACUAGUACAAGUAUUUCCAAAAAAAAGUGCAGAUCAAAAAACAACUCUAAGAUUGAUGCAACUGCUAAUACAACAUUAUGGAAUGCCUCAAGAAGUACAGUCAGAUAAUGGCACACAUUUUACUGGACAGACCGUAAAGCAAUGGGCGGAGGAUAAUGGUGUAUACUGGGUGUUCCACAUUCCGUAUUAUCCUCAAGGGGCAGCGUUGAUUGAGAGAAUGAAUGGUCUCUUAAAGGAACAAAUGCGCAAACUUACACCUACUCACACACUACGGGGAUGGGAUAAGGUGUUACAAGAGGCAGUAUAUUUAUUAAAUAAUAGAUCAGUUGGACAUUUCACUCCUAUUCAAAGAAUGCUGGGAGAAAGUGGGGAGAAUAGUUCAGAUUGGGUAGUAACAGUUACUACAAAAGGUUCAACAGUCCCUUUAUCUCAGUCUAUUCCUGUAUUUAUACACAAAGAUUUAGUUGUAGGAGGUGAAGAAGAACAUACUAUGUUACAAAUUACAUCCAUAUCAGUACCAACAGGAAUUUUUAGACAUAGAUCCAACAUGUGA